UGCUCUGCAGCAGAAGGCUACUGGCAGGAGCUAAGCUGAUGAGGUGUAUUGAUUCUUCCAGUGUUCACAGCCCUGGAGAGUGCGCACACAACUGCCUGCUCAGCAAGGGAGCCAAGACAAGCAUUUGCUGCUUUUCCCAGAGACUUGUCAGCUGUGCAGACUACCUGGACAGCAAUGUAGUGUAGCAACACUUCCUGUCCCUCUGUAGUACUCUGGUCUUUUGUAUCUUUAUAUUCCAGGAAACAUCACUGAGGCUCCUGCAGAGGAGCAAAAAAAAAAAAAAAAAAAAAUCCCACACAGUCUCUCUGUCCUGAGAGGGGGGUUGGCUCUGCAAUUUUCUUCACUGCUUAACGCUCCAUAAGGUUCUUAAGAAUUAACCAUGACUGACACCGUGAUAGGAAAUUCCUCUAACCGCUGGGUGUGUCCAAAUGACAGACAAAUGGCAAUGAGAUCCAAUGAAAAGGGACAGAUGGAUGCUGGAUGGUCUGUACACCCAACAAAUCAGGGAGAAAGACAACGGAAACAUGAAGACCUGACAGAUGAAGAAAAGGAGAUCAUCAACAGAGUGAUAGCUCGAGCAUCAAAAAUGGAAGAGAUGGAGCAAGAACGAAUUGGGCGUUUGGUGGACCGUUUAGAAGAUAUGAGAAAAGCAGUGUCUGGAGAUGGGGUAAACCGCUGUAUCCUCUGCGGGGAACAGUUAGGAUUGCCAGGAGCAAAGUGUGUUGUUUGUGAAGACUGCAAAAAGAAUGCUUGCACAAAGUGUGGCGUGGAGACCAACAGCCGCCCUCACUCCAUCUGGCUGUGCAAAAUAUGCAGCGAACAAAGAGAGGUGUGGAAGAGAUCAGGGGCGUGGUUUUUCAAAGGCUUCCCAAAGCAUGUCCUGCCUCAACCGAUGCCUGUGUCUAAAUCAAAACCCCAGAAAACCAACGAACCAGCUGCAUCAGAUGUUCCAGCUCCAGAGCAGAAACGUUAUCCCCGCAAUCAAAGCCGAGCUCAAGCCGAAGUUACUACACAGCCAGACCAAGAUUCAUAUGGCAAUGAAUCAACUACUGCUACUGGAAGAGGCAAUUACCCUCCAACUUCUCAUAAACAACAAGAAUCAAGAAUGGCUCCAAGUGGAGGUGAAUAUGGUGGAGGAGACCAAGAAAGCAGAGAUUACUCUUACAGUGGACCUGACAAUGACCCUAACAGAAGCCCUGGAGGUGUGAAACGUGGCAACACUGCUCAAGGUGCCAGACCUUCUCCUCCUGCAAAUCAAAGCUCUAACAUGCAGUCUCAACCAGCCCCCCCUGCAGGUAGCAGAGCAGCAGCAGCAGCAGCAGCAGCAGCAGCAAGACAAACUCCAGCCAAUAGAUUUUCUGAAGGCCAAGCAAAUGCCCCUUCACCUGCAUCUCAACCAGAGCCUGCCUAUGCAGCACCAACCCCUAGAGAAGCAGGAGGGUUCACAGCACAGGGGAUUAGGGAGGACAGACCUCUUCGGCAGACUAUGUCCUACACUUCAGUGACUCCAGCACCUGCAGCAGUCCCUACACGGCAAACACAAGAAGAGGAGGAGGAAGAAGCGAAUAGCUACGACUCCGAUGAAGCAACUACGCUUGGAGCUUUGGAGUUCAGUCUUUUAUUUGAUCAAGGCAAUAGUUCUCUGCAUUGUACAAUUAUCAAGGCAAAGGGCCUCAAACCUAUGGACUCUAAUGGUUUAGCAGAUCCAUAUGUGAAGCUUCAUCUAUUGCCAGGAGCCAGUAAGGCAAACAAAUUGCGCACGAAAACUCUUCGAAACACUCGUAAUCCUAUGUGGAAUGAAACUCUUGUGUAUCAUGGAAUAACAGAUGAAGAAUUGCAGAGGAAAACACUGAGGAUCUCUGUGUGCGAUGAGGACAAGUUUGGCCAUAAUGAAUUCAUUGGCGAGACUCGAUUCUCUUUGAAGAAACUGAAACCCAAUCUGAAAAAGAACUUUAAUGUGUGCUUGGAGCGCGUGAUCCCGAUGAAGCGAGCUGGCACUACAGGAUCAGUGCGUGGCAUGGCUCUAUACGAGGAUGAAACAGACCGUGGAGGUGAUGUAGAAGACCGGGGAAAGAUUCUUGUAUCUCUGAUGUACAGCACUCAGCAGGGAGGUCUGAUAAUUGGAGUUGUACGCUGCGUUCAUUUGGCAGCUAUGGAUGCUAAUGGCUACUCUGAUCCAUUUGUUAAAAUGUGGCUAAAACCAGAUGUUGGCAAGAAGUCAAGAUUCAAGACACAAAUUAAGAAAAAAACUCUAAAUCCAGAAUUUAACGAGGAAUUCUUCUAUGAAAUAAAACACAGCGAUCUGGCUAAAAAACAGCUGGAUAUAUCAGUAUGGGACUAUGACAUUGGGAAAUCGAAUGACUAUAUUGGUGGAUGUCAGUUGGGCAUCACAGCCAAAGGCGAACGUUUGAAACACUGGUAUGAAUGCCUGAAGAACAAAGAUAAGAAAAUUGAACGCUGGCAUGUUCUACAAAAUGAAAAUCAUGUAUCAAGUGAUUAGACUACAGUUGCCAUGCUCCACCAUCACACCUGUUAUGUACCAAUUCACUGUUAACUUUUUAUGUCUUGUCUUCCAAAGUGUUCACACUUUUAGCUGUAAUAUUAGCUAUAGAAUAAAAAAAACAAAAAAAACAACAAACACAUAGUAUUUGCUCUUAGAACCUUCUUUAUCAAAUAGAAAAAUAUGUAUUUGUUUACAUAGGGAUAGGCAUAUGCUUGCACUCUGGCUCCAUGUCUGGCUUAGCACCAUGGGAAGUAUGGUCCAUAGUAACAGGAGUGCCAGAUGCUGUCCUAUGCCUGUGUGUAGGCCCUAAGCAAAACGCUGACUCAAGAAAUGAUUUAAUUAAUCUUGUGUUUGUUACUUAUGCCCGUGUGUGUCCAUGUUUCUCAAUGUUCUUACAAAAACACCCGUGAACAACGCCUCUUCAUAUUAUUUCAAAAUAGUUACAGCAUAAUGGCUAGUAAAGAAUAGAAAUAUAUAUAUAUAUAUACAUUUAUUAUUUUUUAUUUAUUCAAAUGAAUCCUUUAUUAAGGCACAAAGUCUUUUUGU